UUGUAUGUUAUGCACGACUAAAGCUUUGGGUUUGUGUCUGUGCGUGAUUUUUUCUUCAUUAUUAUGAAUCCAAUACAUGUCUUAUCAUGUCUUAUUGUUGUGUAUGUGUUUGCUUAUCAAGUAAUUGGUCAAUAUGUCCAAAAAACUAUUGUUGGCUGCAUAAGUGACAAUGUUACUUUGUCCUUUGAUCUACCUGAGAGGAAGGACCUUACUGUGGAUAGCUAUAUUUGGUACAAACAGGAUGUAUCAGGGGAUACCAGCUUCGCCAAAUACACUGUAGCUGAAAAAAAGUUUGAAAUCUUCAGAGAUGCCUAUGGUCGACUCCUCCACAAUCAUAAUGAUCCAUCACAGCUAAGAAAUUUAGUUUUACUGAAUGCGAAGAAAAGUGAUGAGUCUAAAUAUGUUCUGGUAAUUAAUUAUGUCAACGUCACACAGCAGACAUCGGAGUAUCUCUUACGAUUGUCAGUAAAAGGUUUGUCAAAGAGAAAAGAGUAG